AUGGCGGCAUCUCCGAAGCGACUCCCACUAGUGGUAGGCCUUGACUUCGGUACUACCUUCUCCGGUGCAUCUUGGUACCUAUGCGACGAUGAGUCGGAUGAACCCCAAGACCCCGAAGUGAUCAGAGACUGGGACACGGAUCGUUCCAACACUCACGAGGCCCAAAAAGUCCCAUCCAAGAUCUACUAUGACGUGCUCACCGACGACAUUUACUGGGGAUACGAGAUUCCCGAUGACGUCGAGCCGUUCGAGUGGUUCAAGCUUCUCCUCCUCGAGCAAGAGGAUCUGCAGGCGCAUCUACGUGAUUCGUUCCAUUUGCGAGCUGCACGUCGCAAGCUUAAAGAUUCGGGCAAAACCGCCGUCGAAAUCGUCGGCGACUACCUAGGAAAGCUGUGGAGCCACGUGUUGAUGAAGAUCAUGAAGACGGAAGGUGCCAUAAUUGACGCCGUUCCCUUUCACGUUGUGCUCACCGUUCCGGCGAUCUGGAAAGACUACACACGAGACCGAAUGCGUCUGGCUGCUAAGCGUGCCGGGAUCAUGAAAAACAGGGCCGCAGGGCCCACUGUUGUUUCUUUCAUCUCGGAGCCCGAGGCUGCUGCCUUUGCCACCACCCACGAGCACCGUAGACGCGGAAACCUGAAGGCUGGCGACACCUUUGUUGUCGUCGACGCUGGUGGGGGUACAGUCGAUGUAAUCAGCUACAAGAUAGAGGUACCCAAGCCUCUUGUGGUCACCGAGUGCGUGGAAGGUGAUGGCGACCUCUGUGGAGCCUCGUUUGUCGACGAGAAGUUCGAAGCGAGAAUGAUCAGGGAGAUCUCGCUACCUACCUGGAAGUCAUUGAGUAGACCUCAAAUUACGGCGAUCAUGAAGGAGAACUGGGAGGACAGGAUCAAACGCAAGUUCGAUGGAUCAACCAAGUCAUGGACGAUUCAACUGCCAUCACCACUGACUCAGAGAGAUCCCACGCUUACGGCGCAUGACAUCGAGCAACUCUUCUCGGCAGUCCUUCCCAAGAUCCGCAAGUUGGUUAAGGACCAGCUCCGUGAGAUUCUGACCAAGACCGCAAAGCACCCAAAGUUUAUUAUACUUGUCGGUGGAUUCGGUCGCUCCGCCUAUCUCUACAAGUGUCUGAAAGAAUGGCUCGGAGACCGUCCCACGGAACUUUUAGAAUCCAAGGAUGCGUGGUCUGCCAUCUGCCGAGGCGCAACCCUCUCUGGUGCCAUGAGCCAAGGGCUAGUCAAGCAGACAGUUCAAGUGCGAUCCCGAAUCGCUCGUGCGAGUUACGGUUGGUGUUACGCGACCAAUUUCAUUGAGGGAGUACACGACAAGAGAGACAAGAGAUGGGACGAGUACGAUGGAGAGUGGGUGGCGUGGAAGCAAAUGACGUGGGCAGUGAAGCGGGGCGAUGAUAUCUCUACUCGCAGUUCGAAGAGCGAAUCGAUAUACCACCAGUUCGAUUGCAAGAAGAGAGGUAUUCAGUCGCGAACCACCGAGAUUUACGUGUGUCAUGAUGAGCGGGCCCCCAGCAGACAAGACAAGUGCGUGCAGUUGUUUGCGAGCGUAUCGUGGAAAACUCCAGUGCCUGUUGAGACACUGCCACUCGGCCGGGGAGCUGGUAUUCCGCACUAUCGAUUCACUUUGGACUUCAAGAUGGAAGUCUCGGGCGCCGCAGCCGACUUUUUCAUUUCGCACAAUGGUAUCCAGCUCGCAUCCAAGAACAUCUCAGUCGCUCACGAGUAG